AUGGACACCCCUUCCCCGUUCUUCCAUACCCCUCCCCCAUACCCCUCCCCCACACCCCCACUCCUCCUCCGCAUGCUAUCACCCCACCCUCACACACCGCUUCCCACAAUGGCCACGCUCACACCCAAAAAGCGCUUCCCGCAUCGCCUCAAGUACCUCCUCUUGCUGCUCCCGCUCGUCUUCCUCCGCCCGAAGCGCUACACCCCGCUGCGCCACCCGACGCUCUCUGUCCUCUCGCGCGAGUCGUACAACCUCCCGCAUCUUCUCUCGAUGCCCACGUUUUUGCAAUCCCCGUCCCCGCCGGACCUCCCCUCCCGCGUCGCGCGUUUCGCCCGCGCCUACCCUACCUCGCUGCUCGCGCGCUACGCCGCCAUCCCGAGCUCGUGCGCGCGCCAGCCGUACCCACCGCAUCUGCGCCAUGCGCUGGCCGUGUGGCGCCAGGGCAGGCGCUCGGUGGUGCACGAGCACGUUGUCCGCCGCAACGACACCCUCACCCUCCUCGUCGAGGCACACCCCGUCCACGGCCUGGCCGUGUCCAGCCUCACCUCGGACUUUGUUCAGCAGGCCGUCCAUCGCGCCCGCCACUUCGCACACGUCCUGCUCGUCGUCAAUUUGGCCGACGCCGCAGACGUGAAGGACGCACACAGGGACGCCACGUUUAUGCGCGACGCCUUGCGCGAGGCCCGUGUGCACGUCACGCUGCACUCAAGCGUCGGCGUGGACGAGGACGUGUAUCUGUUUCAUGCCGCCAGAAACCUCAUGGUGCACAAGGGCGAUGUGUCGGCACUUGCCGCCAUCGUGUGCGACGGCACCGUGUACUACACCCCGUUGCUGGAUGAGUAUAUCAAGCAAAAUCAGUUCAAGUGGAUGAUCAAGAACGGGCGCCCGGCCAUCGACAUCCCGGAGACCGUCCCAGCGUCCAUGUGGCGCGCGAUGGGGCCUGUGAAGCCCAGCUGUUGCCGGUUUGAGGGGUACGGGCAUGGCGACGGGGAGAAGAUUCUGUGCGCAAACUCCAAGACGUUUUCAAGCAACGCUUGCUGGAUCCUGUCGCUGGGGUGCCAGGGAAAGUGGUCGUUCGAAAAGGACAUUGUGAAGAGGACCAACUGCAAGAUUCACACAUUUGACUGUACGGGGAGCUGGGAGAUUCCAGAGGAGCUGCAGGGGCGCGUGACGCUGCACAAGACGUGUCUCGGGAAGGAGGACGACCCGCGGGAAGACUUUGUCGGGUGGAAUCGCGUGAUCGCGAUGGGGGCGACCAAGGGCGCCAAGAAGAUGCCCGCUGUGGUGAAGAUGGACAUCGAAGGGUCAGAGUUUCCUGUGCUGCAGGCCCUGCUGGACCACGGCCACGAGAGCUUGCUCCCACAGCAGCUGGCGAUUGAAAUGCACGCGUACAAGGCGACGCCCAAGUUCAUGGAGAAUCUAUUCGCCAACUUUACGCGUCGAGGUUACAGCAUGACAUCACAGUGA